UUGUGGCUAUCCCUGCCAUCUCUCUGCCUGAGUCACUCCCUUCCAGUUACUGGUGUUACCUUUUUGCCUGUCCCUGGUCUCCCUUUUUUCCUGGAGUUCUGGCUGACUGCUCCUCCCCUCCUGAAGCACCGGGCAAAGAAGGAGCCCUGCAGAGUUCUUUGCAACUCAGGUCCUGGGCCUGACUUUUGCCCCAAACACUUCCUCCAGCUGCAGCAGCCAUGGGAAACAGCCAGUCUCAAAUGGCUGGAGAUGAGAAAUGGACACUACUGAAAGCUUUCCUGCAGACCAUGAGUCCGUAUCAAUAUUUAAACUCGGACCAGGAUCUGACCACAGCUUUCAAGAUCUAUGAGUCAGUCGAGUCAUUUUUCUGCUCCUGGGAUUUCCAAGAAGCAACCAGUCAAGCGCAAAAAGAGUUGGAAUCAUUGGAAACCACCAUGCUGAAGAUUGCUGUCACGGGGGAAACUGGUGCUGGGAAAUCCUCUUUCAUCAAUGCCAUCCGGGGGGUGAGACCUGGAGAGACAAGAGCAGCUGAAACUGGGGUGAAGGAAACAACAAAGGAACCCACACCUUAUGACUGUCCCCGCUACCCUAACGUCAAAUUCUAUGACCUGCCUGGUAUUGGAUCCAUGAAUUUCAAGCCAAAGACCUACCUGACUAAUGUGAAUUUCAGUACCUAUGACUUCUUCAUCAUUAUUAGCUCAGAGCGGUUUCGAUCCAGCCACGCUGACCUGGCCCGGGAGAUCCAGAGGAUGAAGAAGAAGUUCUAUUUUGUGCGGGCCAAAGUCGACCAAGAUUUAGAGAAUGAAAGAAAAACCCAUGGUAAUACCUACAGUGAAGAUGACACUCUCCAGACGAUCCGGGAGGACUGCAGGAGACAGCUGCAAGUCAUGGGAGUCUCCAGUCCAAAGGUUUUUCUUCUCUCCAACUGGGAAAUAGAGAAGUUUGAUUUUCACCAACUUGAGGACACCCUAGAACAGGAUCUUCCCCAUCUGAAGAGGCUGGUGUUUCUGCUGAGCCUGCCCAACUUCUCUGAGGAAAUCCUGAAGAAGAAGAGAGCUGAGCUGAAGAAGUUGACCUUUCUCAUAGCCCUGGCCUCAGGUGGUGCCGGUGCCAUUGCCAUUCCUGUUCCCAAUGUCUCCCUGAAAUGCAAUAUCCAGCUCCUGCUGGUCUCCACAAUUGCCUUCUACAAGCACUUGGGCCUGGAUGAAGAGUCCCUGAGCCGUACAGCCAGAUGGGCCAACCUGCCUGUGGAUGAGCUGAAGGGAGUGAUGAGAUCAUCAAAAAUUGAAGACGUAACGUUUCACUUUAUACAGCAAGCCUGGAUCCUCACAGCAGGUAAUAUACUUCAAGGGUUGAUAGGUCUGAUUGGUAUGCUAGUAUUCGCCGUGUGCUCUUUCAUCAUCACCGUCUUCCAGUUCUUCCAGGUUGUGGAUGAGCUUUAUGCUGAUGCCCUCCGGGUGCGUGCCAAAGCUCUGGGAGAAGAGAACCCAGGAGAUUCCUCUGGGGCUGUGGCUUAGGGCAGAGAGUUGGGGAGCAGGAUGGCAGCAGGAUCUCAGGAUUAGCUCAGAUCUCAAACACCUGGGUUCUCUCUCCCAAGCCGAUCUGUCCUAAACCCCCUUACUUCCCAGUGCCAGGAAAGGAGCCAGGUGUUCAGGCUCCCAACCCCCUCCUCCCCUCCUCCACAUUGUUAUAAACCUACUCACUCAUUUCCCAGCUGGGAGAGAACCCAGGCAUCCCAGCCCCCAGCCCCACUGCCCUAUGCCUCCAGCUCCCACUCCCCUCCCAGAGCUGGAGAGAGCCCAGGUGUCCAGGUUUCCUGCUCCCCCUGCUCUCACACACCAUCCCCCACUCCCCUCCCAGAGCUGGAGAGAAUCCAGGCGUCUGGGUCCCAGCCCUGACCCUGGAGGUCAGUCAGAGUUUGCUGUAUGUGCUCCCUUCUCCAUUAUCGAGGAUAGUGAUGUGCAUGGUGUACGCUGACAACCACAGCAGCAUUAUAGAAAUACUGCACAAUGAAGCAUGCUAUUAAAUGCUGCUCACCUCACUUGGGAUUAAUGCUGUGAGUGGUGUUGUGCCAUGCCAGGGAUUUUUUGAGGAGUGGGGAUGGCAGAGCAGGGUUUCCCCCACAGCUGCUGUGCCAUGCCUGGUGUAGAGAAGCCUGACCCUGCCUGUCAAGUUGGAUGGGUUCUGCUCUGAGCAUUCAACACCUAUUAGGAGUUUAAUGGGUCCCCAAUGUUCCCUUGCUGUCCAGACAGCUGGCAGCAAAAGUCCCCAGACUUUUCCCACCGAGAACCAUAAGGAACCCCUAUGGCCCUGUGCCCUGUACCUCCAAAGCAUCACUUUUCAGCUGCCUGCAGUGUAAUUCUUUCCCCAACACCAUUAAUUUCCACGCUGGCUUUAUGUGAACCUGAUGAGUGGAGUUCUGUGAACCCGAUCAUGAGCCUUAAGUGCACUUGCUUUAUAAAUAGUGGGUGAGUUUUGUCACCAUUCAUUCCCUCACUUGCUAUGUCUCAACUGCUCAGACAGCUCAGUGUUGGUGGGCAGGGGGAUUUGCUGGCUUGGAGCAUUAGGGGCAAUUACCAUUAGUCAAACUUUUACCUGACUGGUUUUGAAGUUGUUUUGUUCUUGACCACUGCCAAGUACAUGCUGCCAAACACCUUCCCCCACUCACACUGUCUGACCUAUCAAUUGACCUAUCAGUCACUCAGCUGUGCUCCUGGGCAUGAACGUCAGAGGGCCUCCUGAGGCUGGGGGGGCACGGCGACUGCGUGUGGACUGCAUGUCGAGUAGGAAGCUCCUGUAGGUGGCCAUGGAGUUGUUGGCAGAGAGGGUUGGGGGGUGGUGAGUGCCAACCGGUGAUCGGCGACCACCCACACAUGCGAACAGCUGUGCCGGUGGUGAGGGGGGGUGGUGACGAACGCUGACUGUCCGGAGGCGCUGCCAGUAGUGUCAGCAGUGGCUAAUCUCAGGAGGUGCACAUGCACCUGCGUGCACCUCUUAUGCAUCGCCAACGCUCCUGGGGGAUCUAUUGGGUUUGAGGGAGGGGAAAUUUGGGGUUCGUCCAUUCAGUCUUCUGCUCAGUGCCUGCUUUUUAUCCACCGAGUGCUUGACGGAUUUCAGGGGUAAUCCCUAACAAACCUAAAACCCCAAGCUUUUGCAGGAAGGGUGUUUCCAGGAACCUGGGGUUUGUAGGAAUUGAAAUGUAAAGAACAGGGCUGUUAUAAUACUAAUGACCCUAUUUAAAAGCCCUACCUAUUCAACCCCCUUGGCGCAAGCAGGUGGUGGGGAGGCGGUAGGAGCCAGAGAGGGCUGAAGUCUACAGGUUUUCCUUUGAUUUGUGUUUAUGGGGAGUGUAAUGCAGCAAGGAUAUUAAAAUACAUUUCCUAUCACUGAUCACAUUCACUCAGCACCCAGAAAAAUGAAGAAAUUCACAGGGUGCUGACUCAUGCAUAUAUUAUAAGUGCUCGGAGAACUUCAGCACCCUGCUUGGGAAGAGGGGAGGUGGUCAUGAAGCAGCUCUCUGCUCCUGUCUGGGAUGGGGUAUGUCCAGUCAGAAGGCCAGGAUCUCUUGUUAAUGUGGGGUGGGGGGAGCUUGGCUGGUUGGUAUGUGGAUUUGGUAUGUGGUAUGUGCUUGGUAUGUGGACCCCAAUGUGGAAUCAGAAAAAAAAUAAAUGCCUUAAACUUUGAUCAUACGAGUUAUAAGAUGACAUAACCGCUUUGUGGAGAAUUGCUGGCUCUGUACAGUAGAACAGAUAAGAGAAAGUGUUUGUUCUUUGUAACUCCUCUGCAACUGCUUCGCUCACCGCGGCCUUAAGAUAGCAGAAAAAAGUAUGUACAAACUCUGAUCUCCAGAGGCAAAAAGGGAGUGUUAGUUCUCGCUUUGUGAGCUAACCUUGUCUCCCCCAUAAUUCCCAUCCUGAUAACAACAAAGCAGCAAUGAGCUAGUGUUUGUAGCUGCUUUUUCUAGCAAACUCCACUAUAUGAUGAUGAGUUGUAGCGAUUUGUUAAAAAGUAUAUAAGCCUCCUGAUUUUGCUCUUGAGGGGAACCCCUUCCAAGUGCUUGGGAAAUCCAUGUCACUUUGGGGUCCCCCCUACAGCUGUAAUUUCAUUUAAAUAAAAGCUUCU